AUGGAUGUAGCAACUCCCCAUUUCAGUCACCUUGUCACAGUGUUGAUCAUCCACUGUUUAUUGGUUAGUUCUUACACUGCUGAAACCAGCAUUGUCACAGACCAGUCUGCCCUUUUGGCCCUGAAAACUUACAUCAUUUCAGACCCUUAUGGCCUCAUGGAAAAUUGGACAGUGCCAUCUUCGAUUUGCAAUUGGAUUGGAGUCACCUGCGGUGCACGCCAUCAUAGAGUAACUGCAUUGAAUAUUUCCAACAUGGAUCUCACUGGAAGCAUCCCUCCUGAAAUUGGAAACCUGUCAUUCCUUGCUUCAUUUGACAUUAGUACCAACAACUUCAGUGGAGCUUUGCCUGAAGAUUUGGCUCGCCUGCGAAGAUUGAGAUUUUUCAGUCUCAGCUACAACAACUUCUCCGGCGAGGUUCCUUCUUGGCUUUCAUCUUUACCUCAACUUGAGAACUUGACUCUCAGAAACAAUAGUUUUUCUAGCAUAAACUCGUUUCUCCUCUCGACCAUAAACCAAACAAAGCUUGCUACUUUGACAGUGUCUUUCAAUCCUUUUCAUGGAGAAAUUCCAAAAUCUAUAGGAAAUCUUCAUAAUCUCAAGGAGCUUCUCAUGGAAGGCAACGGAUUUUCAGGGUUCAUCCCUGCCUCCAUCAUGAACAUAUCAGGUUUAGAGACUUUGGAAUUGUCAGAAAAUUUGAUUCAAGGAAUGCCAGAAGCCAUGGGAAAUCUUGACAGGUUAAAAUGGUUGAACUUGGAAGGGAAUCAACUUGAUGGUUCUAUACCAUUAAUCAUCUUCAACAUUUCGACUCUAGAAAGCUUAAGCUUUUCCAGUAAUCAAUUAUCCGGUACUCUUCCUGGUGAUAUGUGCCGUGGAGUUCCAUUGCUGAAAAGGCUUUAUGCAUCUGACAACAUGAUACAUGGACACAUUCCAUCAAGUAUUUCCUCAUGUACUCAACUUCAGUUUUUCUCAGUGCCACAUAAUGAUCUUACUGGAAGU